AUGGUGAUGACGGCGAUGAUGACCGCGAAUGAAUGCGCAGGACAGUGUGGCGAUGAGGAUGAGGAUGAGGAUGAUGGCGACGAGCGAGAAGGCGACUUAGCGUUGUCUUACCCGCUUCAAGCUCUUCUCGAUGGCACCUCGACGCUGAAGAGCAGAAUGCCUCUGCAUCUGUCUCAGCACAAGUCUUAUCAUCCUUACAACAGGGACAACCAGCACAGAGUGUUCCAGGACGAGCAACAAGAGGCUCAACGCCAGGAACACCAACGUCAAGCUUCCUUCGCCCGCCGUGACGAGGCUCGUCUCGAAGCGCUUCGAUCCGGUCGCAAAGCCCCCAGCUCCACACCAGCUACGACGCAGGAGCCUCGACCGCGACCGUCUCCCUCUCCAAGUCCGGCUCGAGCCUCAUCAUCAACUUCGAGGCCGUCGUCAGGUCACUCGCUGCUCCGUCCGGAAGACGAGUUGACUCCUUGGUACACCACCUCCAAGCUACGCAACGGCAAAGACGCCCGCAAGUCCGAAGAUCAACGUCUUGAGGACGCCUACAAGGACUCCAGCAUCAAGUCAUCCAACGACCCUCUCAAGGCGAUGCAAGCCUUCCUCGCUCAACGCAAAGCUGCCAAAAUUUUACCUACAACCCGGUCCUCUCCAAUAGCAACACCUUCAGACGAAGCCUCUGAUCUGUACGAGCCAGACGCAGUUCGAGCCGCGCGGAAGCGUCGCAGCAGACGAUCAUCACAUCAUCGCAUCUUAGCUACCAGUCCAUCUCGGCAAGACAGAGCCCACGCACGUCAUCGUCGACAUCGACCGGGCCCAUCCGCCAGUGGGCGAGGUUCCAGUACAGCUGAAAAACAGACUCGCUACAAGCACCACCAGUAG